AUGAAGACUGCAAUGCAAACGAUACGGAUACUAGUCACAAUUUUGACUAUUGAAAAAGUACGCUGUCAAGAUGGAUUCAGUGAGCAAGAUUUUUACCGAUUACAGCAAUACAGUAAUAACGAUGUUCAGUCUGAAGCUGUUACGGGAUAUAACAUAAAUAUGAUGCAAAAGGAGCCGCCUAGUCCGUCUGUAAGCUCAGUUGGUGGACAAUACCAAGUAAGUGAUGAAAAUAGCGGUGAAUAUAGUAAAGGAGAACGUAGUAAAAACAGAAAAGUAUACCGAAUUAAAAAUCCAUUUCAACAGCAACAAGCAGAAGAAACGCCUUCUCAAGACACUAAUCAAGAUAAUGGAAUCGCAGCUAGUAACCAGUAUUCAGCGAUGCAGUAUUCUUUACCCCCUGAAGAUUUCUUACAAAGAAUGAGAGCUGAAAGUCAAUAUCAACAACAACAGCAACAACAACAACAACAACAACAACAUCAACAUCAACAUCAACAACAACAACAACAACAACAACAAUAUCAACAACAGCUAACCACUCAAAUUUCUCCCUCACCAUACUCAGUAACCCCCCAACCACAAUACUCGUUUUCCACAAUACAGCCUUCAAAUUAUGACAUUAAUCAACAAUCUAAUCAAAUGCCAUCUUUAGAACCGAAAGCGUACACACCAGUUUAUCAGACUAACGUAAAUUCGUUUCAGUAUAGUAAUCCAAAUUUAUAUAGUUUUGAUAGCUCCCAAAGUACACCGUCUCCACCUUAUAUGUCCACACCAUUGCCAAAUGCUCAGUAUUUAGGAACGCCAGCUAAUACCUAUGUGUCUAGUUCUUCCCCGAUAUAUCUGUCUAGCCCACAAACUGUACAGCAAUAUGUUUCUUCCCCUAGCACAAACAUCCAUUCAGGGUUUUUAGAUUAUAAUAAUAACAGAGUAACAACGGUAGGUAGUAACUAUGACGUAAAUAAUGAAGUAAGUAAAAGAAGACAUAUUGAUCAUUAUGAUAAUUCGGCUAAUGGAGUUAGAUAUCCCAAUCACAUACAAAACCAAUAUCAAAACGAUUUUCCAUCGUCAACAAUGUCACCUAUAUUAUCCACAUAUUCGGAGUCUUGGCAAAAUACUUUGACGGGGGGUUACAAUCCUCAGGCUAAAUCUGAAAAUGAUUACAUGCAAAUACAAUAUCAAAAUCUGAGAUACAACAAUUAUCAGAAAGAUAGGCAAGAAACAAACUCAGAAAUUUCAAACAGUGAUAAUAAUCGUAUCGGUAGUAUACCGUCUGCUAAUAAUUUAUUUUUAAACUAUAUUCAACCGGAUUAUCAGUUUUAUAGUAGCAUCAAAACACCGACUAGGGAUUCUGAUUCAGAAACAAACCAAUCAGACGUAUAUUCACAUGGAGAUUAUGGGUGGAAACUAUCAGAUAAAAAGUCUUCAUUUGAGCCAGAGUUACCAACUAGAAACAAUUAUUUUAAAUACCAAAUACAUAGUGUACAACCAGAUUCAGGAGCAGUGAGUCAAGUAAGUUUUCAAAUGGAUUCUAGCAAACAUGAGCAUAAUACUAAAUCGGCAUCAGAAAAAUUAGAAGCAGAAGACUUUGCUAGAGCAGCUGCUAAAGCCCAUGAUAAAUAUAAACAACAGUUAGAAGCUAAUAAAUAUGUAUCUAACUCUCAUUACAACAAUAACGUUUUAAGUAAUACAUUUGGUAGGACUUCAUAUUACAAUAAUGAGGACGGUAAACAAAACAAACUAUACAACGCAAAUUUAUAUGCAAACCAACAGUCCGAGUCUAUAAAAUCGUCACCUCUAUUUUAUAUGAACUCUAGGGAAACGUUAGAUGGUAGGACAAAACAAAUUUUUGACCACGAUAAAGCUUUAAAAAAUAUUGUUUCAAUAGAUUUGUCUAAUGUUGUACAAAAUUCAGAUACAUCGGCUAAAUUAACUCCUGAUAACGAAGCAAUUGAUUCUUACUACGAAGAUAAAAAUACUUUUUUUUCUAUAAAAUCAAAGCCUGAUGAUUAUAUAAGUAUUGAUAAAUUUAAACAAUUAGAACAAAACGUUCCUUAUAGCAGUAAGUAUCAAACCACGGAGUCACUUUAUAACGUUGGUUCUGGAAAUAAGCGUUUUCUGGAUGAUGUACCACAAUCGAUAAACUUUUUAAAACAGUUAUCAAACAACCAACAAGACAACACUCAAUCAUCAGCUAACAUUCAUCAACAAGGAUCACGUAAUUCACAACUAACUUCCGAUGUUGCUAAUAUACUAAAAUUUAGUGAUAUACCGUACCGUUUAACUCAAAAUUUAAAUUCAAACUCCCAAUAUCUUCGUAACAAUAAUUUUGAUCAAAGUAAAAUUCCAACACCUUUACCUAUAUCAAUCAAUCAAAAUGUAGAUAAGCAUCAUAUUGAUGUUGCAGCAGAAAUUAUUAAUAAACUAAUGUCUAAUAGCAAUCUAAAAACUAGAGAAAGACCUGAGAUUGAUUCACAAUCUGGUAAUGUAUUUUCAACAAUAAAUGGUUUUAAAAUAGCAAAUCCUUUUAAUGCAGAUCUUCAGGUAGUUGCUGAUAUGUUAAAAGGUAAAACAGCAUUUGAUGAAAGUCAGAUGAAUCUUUUUCGAGAACUCAAUAAACCUGUUUCCACGAAAUUAGACAUUUCUCAAUUACAGCAACUUCUCCAGUUUAAAAAUGAAAAUAAUGAUCUAGCUCUUAGGAACGGUUUAAAUACAUUUGGCAAUACUUUUUUUGAUAUUUAUAAUAGUGGACGUCCUCUAUAUCAAGGUGUAAAAUAUUCACGCAGUGAAGAGGAACCAGAAAACAUUCCUAUUGCAGACUCUUCAAAUAAUCAUCCUAUCGGUGCAGUUAUAGAACAAGAUGGUGUUGUAAAUAGGGAACCAUCUGAUGAAUCCGAAUCAUCGGAAGAUGGUAUAUCAUUAAAUUUAGAUGAUGAGAGCCCAAAAGCUGUUCAUAUUAAUUCUGAUCACAGAGGAAUAGGAGAGAGACAAAGGCAUUCUAGCCCGUACUUUAGUCGUUUUUCAUAUAAGAGAAAAUAUCCUAAGUCAGAAUUUGAAGAGCCACAUCCAGUCCUUAAGCCUCCACCUCCCCAUAGCUCUCGGCACCGACCAGUGCAGAAAAUAGAAAAAGGCAGAAGAAGAAGAGUUGUAAAACCAAAAAUGCUAAGAGUUUAUAAAACCGAGCCGUUGUUCGAAGCAGACACUUCUCUUGUAAACGAUAUGACACCAAUGCAUUUUAAACAAAGCCUUCUGGUAGCAGAAGAUAAAUCCGAUACUGUUGUUGAAAACCAAGAUUAG